CCAGGAACCACGGUGAUGACAAUGACGGCGUUUGACGCUGACGACCCAGGCACCGAUAACGCGGCGUUGCGCUACAACAUCGUCAGGCAGUCGCCGGACAAGCCCUCCCCAACCAUGUUCUACAUCAAUCCAGAACGAGGCGACAUCGUCACUGUCAUCUCCCACACGUUACUUGACAGAGAGACCCUGCCGACCACAACAUAUGAGUUAGAGAUUGUGGCCAAGGACAUGGCAGGAAGUGAGGUGGGACUAACAGGAACCGCCACGGCAACCAUCACCAUUACUGACAAGAACGACCAUGCCCCUGAGUUCACACAUACGCUG